CUGUCACCUUCAUCAUCACUUCCGCCCGUCAUUUGUAGCUUAAAUGGCUGUUGUGUGUGCAAAAAAUUAACAUUUUUUUAUGUUAAGCUUCUGAUUACGAUAAUUCGAAAUGUCUGAAGGUGAAAGUAAAAAGUUAUAUGAAUUGCGAGUGGUGGAUUUAAAAGCCGAGCUAGAAAAAAGGGGUUUGGACAAAAACGGAAUAAAAAGGGAUCUUGUGGACCGACUUCAAAAGGCCCUGCAAAGCGAGGGUUUGGACCCUGAAACGUAUUGUUUUGAUAUUGGUGAGAAGAAACCAUUCAAGAGACUUUCAACAUCAUCAUCUUCUUAUCAGGGAGAUGAGAGUGUUACUGAAAAGACUGAAAACACUGAUGUAAAGGAGGAAGAUUCAAAUGUUGAUACUAAAAGUAGGGCAACAGAUGAGGAACAAAAGUGGAGCUCAAGCGAAGUUACAGACAAAUCCUCUUCUGUGGUAACAGAAUCAUCGUGUAAAACUGAGCCAGAGCAAGAAACCAUUAGUUUAACUUUGGAAGAGGAAGAAAAUAUUCCUGAAGAGGGCAUGGAGCAGGAGGCAAAAAAUGUUGGACAGAAGAAAGUUUUAGAUGAGAAGCCAACACCUAAACAAGUCCAGAUGGAAGACACCACGGAAUCAUCCACUUCUUCACCACAACAGGUCUCCAAGAAAUCGCAAGAAACAACAGGGACGAGCCCUAGCAAUGGAGCGGAUGAAACGAGUCAAAAGAAGCCUCAAUCUAACCCUCGCCUUCUCUGGAUUACUAACGUCCCCAAAAACACUCGCGCUAACGAACUCAAACAACUGCUUUCGUCUUGUGGGAAAGUCGUUUGCGCGAAAGUCGUCGUUAAUGCAAGGUUUCCAGGAUCGUGUUGCUUUGGAUACAUCUCAAUGGGAUCAGCAGAGGAUGCAGCUAACGUUAUUUCCAAAUUAAAUAAUACAGAAUUUAACGGACAGAUUAUCAAAAUUGAUAAAUUUGAGAAUAUCAAAGCGGAAAUUAAUCCGAUAAGGAAAACUAAAAACGAAGAAAUUAAGAAAUCACAAACGAGUGAAAAGAAAGAAGAUAAACAGACUAAGAAAUCUCCAGAGGGUAAAGAGAAAAGUGAAGCGAAAAAUGAUGAUAAUGAGAAAACGGAAAGUCCAGCCAGCCCUGAAAGAAGGAAAUCCUUAAAUUCCGACCGAUCAAGUCGCGGGCGCAGGCGCACUUCUUCUAAAGAGAGACAGAGAGAAAGACCGAUGCAUCGCUCUACCUCUGGAGGCUAUAAAUCCAGCGUUCUUACUUUCGACAAAAUUAAAGAGGAGAGAGAGAGACAGCGCAUGCGCGACCGUGAUCGCGCCAUCCGCGAGGAGAGCCGUCGGCGUCGCGAAGAGGCACAGCGCCUGCGCGAGAUGCGUGAAAUCAGUCGUCGCCAGAAGAACGAAGCCGAUCGAUUGGAACGCGAACGUGAAAAAUUGCGAAUCGAACGUGACCGAAUCGAGCGCGAGAAGAGCGAAUUGAUCAAAUUGGAGCGCGAACGUCAACGAAUCGAACGCGAAAAACUCGAAAUGGAGAAAAUGGAGUUGCAAAGGUCGCGUUUGAGACUUGAAGAGGACAGACGAGCAGUCAAACGUCCACUUGCAGUGCCCUAUAGAAGGGAAGAGUCGUUCGAGGAACGGAAACGACCGAACAACGUACGCCAUUUUGAGGAAACGCCAAGAUUUGAACCGCCGCCGCCUCCUGCGCCGAUUCCGCCGAAAAAAUUCGCACCCUCCAAAGAUUUUAAAAGGGUGCCCUAUGAUAAGCAUGAGACGUUUUCCGAGAAACGGAGAGAUUAUACGUCGGAGCGGUCGCAUCAAGGGUCAUCCGUUAGGGGUAAUCCAACGGUUAAAUACGAUAAUCGCUCGUAUGAUAACACUAGAGGGCGCGAUUCCAGAGAUGCGCCAUCUAGAGACUCGCAGUCGAACGUGACGAUGAGGUCAAAAGAGAGGUACAAUGAGAGGAGUCCGCAUUUUAGACCCAUAGGGGAGAGUAGAGACAGACAUAGUUCGUCUCAGGGGAAGUCAGAUCGGGAACAUCACUAUUCUGAGCCGAGUGCCGAUCGUUGGAACCACCCCACUAAUUCGCAAUCGAAAUUUGGUUCAAAUAACCAAAAACCUUGGUCUAACAAAAGUGGUAGUUGGCGCCCAGAUCCACCCACCGUUGAUAGAUGGAACCAUGGAUCGAACUCGUCAACUAGAUCUUCAAUGAAUCAACAAUUCUCUGGAAAUUCAAAUAUGGCGCCGACGUGUCCACCACCACCAGGGAUUAAUAAUUAUUCCGAUCGGUUUGAUUAUAACAAAUCGAGUGGAGUUAGAAAAUAUUAAGAUUGUAUUUAUUAGUUGCCUGUUUUUUUGUUUGUUACAUUACUUAAUUCUUAUUAUAUCGCGUUUGACCAAUUUAAUAAAUAAUAUUCAAAGUAA